AUGGGUCGAGGACUGCCCAACCACUUGGCAUCGCUUCUCCGACAUGCGCCGGAGCUGCCGGAGCAGGUGCCUGGGAGCAAGCCCAAGGAAACCGGGCGAGCAGCUCGCAGACGCGCACAAAAUAAGCGCAAGGUCCAAAAGGCCCAGAAGGCGAGCCGAGAGCAGGAAGCAAAGGAUGCCAGAUCAGAUCGGGAGCAGGCGCGCGCUGACAAGAAAAACAUCCAGCCUAUUCAGCCUCCUGUGGAGGUUGCGGAUUCACCCCCUCCUUCCGCAAAAAAACGGCGAGCAAGGAAAGUUCUUCCAGCAGCCAAGAAAGCAAAAGCAGAAGCCAAAGAGACUGGCAGAGCUGUUAAGGGUACGCAGGCAAGCCAGACGGCAGCUUUGUUCGACCCAGAAGGUGCAGCUCGAGACGAGGCUCUGAUGCGCAAGCUCGAGAAGAAUUUGGGCAUCGCCCGGGAUCCAGCCAAAAGGAGGAAGGAGGAACGUAGGAUAUUUGAGGCAUUGGGCUUCGACGCUGCAGAUGCUGGCAUGGAAGAGCUUCCCUCCUCUGACGAGGGCCCCGAGGAGGUUGCCAGUUCACACGGCCCUGCAUCUGCCCGUCGUCCCGCAGAGGACAGCUCUUCUGCAGAUGCCAUGGCCAUGUUGCUUGAGACCAUUCUCGGAGGGCCAUCACCAACUGCGUCAACUGCCCCGAACGUCAAGAAGCUGAAAAGACGAGCAGCUAGAUCGCCAAAGGCAGCGCGUGGCACCUGA